CACUACAGUAUUGUUAUUACAUUAUGAAAACGGCAACACUCUUCCAAGCUCUCACUUUCGUAGCUUGUAUCACUUUGAAUAAGCCUGUUAGAAGACAAGGCUCCUAGGUUUCAUCAAGGAGUAUCAGAUGUGAAACAGCAGGAAGGGAUCUAAGAAGCCAACCCAAAGAGUUCCUCCUACACAAGCAUUCGGUCUUGAGCAGUCCCGGCAAACAACGCACAUUACAACAAAGCUUAAACUUGUUCUUCAUCAUAAUUUUAAAAACAAGACUAGCUGCCUAUUUAAUUUUAAAACCAGCAAAAAAUAUCCACCUCCCUUUCCAGUUCGUAUAAGGAGUCUUGAAGUGUGACAGAGAUGCUGGCUUUGAUCUGCUUAGCUCUUGGAAGUCCAGGGGCUCCGGGCUGCUGGCCCUGGGCUGCCCGGGGUCCCUAGGGACAGCUCUGUCCGCCAUUAGGGAAUUUUUUCCUGAGAACCCCCUGUAACAUUUCGCGAACCCCAGUUUGGGAACCACUGGGCUAGGCGGUAGGACGAGGAGGUGGCAGGGGCAGGCCAGUACACUCCCUCCAGGGGCACAGGACCUGCUUUCCGGGUUGCAGUUGUAGAAUUGCAGGCCCCGUUUUGUGCACGCAUUUAGCACGGUGGUGAUGGGGGCACGAUCAGGAUAAUCGGAGAGCAAAUGGACUCGGAGACCUCUCAGGAGCAGGACAGUUACGUGCUGCUGCGUGGAAGUGUCUCCCAAGACCCGUCUCCUCGCUGCCCUCCGCUUUGGGGAGGCAGUUCCACAAGCGAGUGCAGACAGACCAGCAGUCCGUCACGGUGGCCUUGCACGGGUGCAAACAGCAGUGCAAGGGGCAGAGCAAUGGGGAAGCAGGCGCGGGGGUGGGGGGGGGGCGUUCACAUUUCAGCUCAUUUUGCACAGGUGCGGGACAAAGGGCAGGAGGAGGGGCAGAGCAGGGAUCACUACUGAAUUUCUGGGCUGUAAUAUCCUGAUUCUGCCUGUAUACAGGGCAGUGCUGUGGGCAGACAUGGCCUCCCCCGGCACAGAGUUUUCUAGCACCCACCCCAGAUAUUUUGCUUUGAAACCAGGCACCAACCCACUCGAGCCUGGGCAGCGGGCGUGCACGCGGUGCUGGAGACACCCCUCAUUCUCGGAGCCGGGGGUGGGGCCGUGUCAACCUGCUGCAAUCCGGCUGCGGGUUUGAGUAAUUCGAGCCCGGGAGUGGCGCAAUCCCACUCGGCGGAGGCCGGGGUUAUUGCGAGUGUGAACCUCCGCGUGUCGUCACGGCAGGGAAAGCGGAGGGGGCGGCGCUGCCGCCGGGGCAUGUUGCAAUCCGGAGUGAGUUCAGCGUCAGCCGCGCCAGAGGAGAGGCGAGCGGCGGGCGGUUGCGGAGCGGCACGGGGGUGGGGCAGCCCCGAUUAGCUCGGGUUUACAUCAUCCGCCGGGAUCUGGGGCUCGGAGCCAGGGGGCCGGGCGAGGUGAGCCUCCCCCGGCUGCGCGCAGCCAGCCCCGCGAACAAAGCGCCCGCCGAGACGAGCCGCAGCCCCGCGCUGCCCAUCGAUCGCCCCCGGCCGGGGCUCGGGGCAGGACCCCCGGAGCGGAGCAGCCCGGGACAAUGGCGGGUCGGGGUGUCUGAGACUCCGGGAUCGGCCUGCGGGGAUCGCUCCGGAGCGGCAGCCAGCCCCGCGCCUCUCGCCCGCCCGCCCCCCGAAGAUGAGUCUAAACGUGCAGGCGAUCCCUGUAGCGUCUCCACUGAGGAAGAAACGGCUGGACUUUGAGGAUACCCCUGACUCCGAGCCCUCAAAGCCCAAGCACCCACGGUUGGGUCCCGUGUCAGGACUCACCCCAUGCCUGCAGCCCCUUGUGCGGUCCCCUUGUGCCGUGGAACAGGACUCCAGGGUCUUGCAGAUUGGACCGUACAUCCUUCUGGAUCCCAGGGAAGGGGGCCGCUGCUACAGGGCUGUGCACAGGCACACGGAGGCGGAGUACAGCUGCAAGGUUUAUCCGGCAAGGAGUUACCCAGAGACGAUAGCCCCUUACGGGCACCUCUCACCCCACCCCAAUGUGGCCCAGGUUGCUGAGGUGAUCCAAGGGGACCAGAACGUCUACGUCUUCUUCCAGCCCGGCGGAGGUGACAUGCACAGCCACGUCCGCCGGCGCAAGCGCCUGCCCGAGAGAGAGGCCGCUGGGCUCUUCCGACAGAUGGCCGAGGCGGUCGCCCACUGCCACGACCACGGGGUCAUCCUCCGAGACCUCAAACUCCGCAAGUUCCUCUUCGUGGACAGGGAGAGCACAAAGCUGGUGCUGGAGAACCUGGAGGACGCCUGUCUUCUGAGCGGCCCGGAUGACUCUCUGUCGGACAAGCACGGCUGCCCGGCCUACGUGGGCCCGGAGAUCCUCAGCUCCAAGAACUCUUACUCAGGGAAGGCGGCUGACGUGUGGAGCCUGGGCGUGGUGCUCUACACCAUGCUGGUGGGGCGAUACCCCUUCCAGGACACUGAGCCCGCCAUGCUCUUCAGCAAGAUCCGCCGGGGCGUCUUCUCCAUCCCGGACGGCCUCUCUCCCAAAGCCAGGUGCCUCAUCCGAUGCCUCCUGCGCAAGACCCCGGCUGAGAGACUGACGGCCCGGGAGAUUUUGCUCCACCCCUGGCUAGCGAGCGGUGGUGCUGCCUCCGAGGAUUCCUGCACAAACCCCUCUGGGGAGCAGGGGAUGGAGCAAGUUGUGCCAGACACCUGGAGCCAGAAGGAUGAAGAGGAGGAGGAGGAAGAUCUGCACAGUUAAGCAUUCAGAGGAUCCCCAAGGAUGCAUUACAAAAGGGGCCCUCCAUGCCCCCAGGGAACCUUAGACUGUCGGAUGCCCCAGGCGAGCUGGGGCUGGUGACUGUUUGUCUAAGGGGGGGCUGCUGCUCAGAUCGGGAUAACACUGUGGCUGUGUCGGCCCCAGCAGGGCCCAGAGCCAGGACUUGUAAACCCAAGUGCCUCAGAGGGGGAGCUGUGGUUGUCCAGGCGCGUGUCUGAAUCCUGCAGAGCGGGAAAGUGCCUUAGCCUCUGACACGGCGAUUCAGGGCGGACGGGACUAAACGGGAGUGAGCCCUGGUCUAGGGGGCUCCCACUUACUCGUGCCAAAGAACUUGUUCAAACUCUGAUCACCAGCAGCGCCCUCCCAGAGGGAUGGUGUGUUUCCCAUUCCCAGACAUGGGGCUCCAGAGGCAGGGAGCGGCUAGGGAACCGAGGCAGGCCCUGGCGUCUCCGGGUUCUGCACCAGUCCCUGUGGCUGCGUAGAAGCAGGAUGGGUGCAGAGGGGGCUGAGCUCUGAUACCAGCUUCCUGAAGUGGGGGAGUUGGGGGGGCCCUUUCCCAGAGGGCACAGGCCAGCGGGCAUGGGAGGGUGUUGGAGGAGCUCCUUGUCUUGUCACCUGGGAACUGUGAGCUUUGCUGCAGCCCGGCAGCGGUUCCGUGGGGCUUGGAGGGUAGAGAGGUUAAUGAGCAGAGAAGGGAGGGGGGAUGCAGCUGGGUGGGAGCGUGAAUAAGACUGGGGAGGGGGGCAGGGUUCCAAGGUCACGUCAAAGCAGAGCCCAAGAGCUGGACGCAGCCUGUGUAGCCCUGUGGGCCACCUCCCCUUCCCUUUGUAGCUGUAGCCUGUACAGACUACAAGUCCCAGCAUGCAGUGCUCACCCCGGAGCAGAGGGGAAGGGGACACGCUAUGCUGGGGUGGGGCACAGGUCUAUGCUAGUAGGGAGGGUGACUACGGCCUGCCCCAUUUGCCAGGCAUGGCCCUUGGGCUCCUGGCAAUGAGCAAAUAAAGCCCCUGCCCAAGCUGUUCCCGGUGGGGCAGAGAGUGAGCCCUGGCUGGCGUGGGGGCACUAUGAGGUCUCUGCACUAUCGUGCCAUGUAGCCUCUUUCCCCCCCCCCACCCCUACCCCCUGCUGUGACUGCAGCAGGCUGCCUUGGCUCUCUAACCUGCCCACUGGGGACCCUGCCCUCUGCUCCACCCCAGGAGCCUGUGCCAGGCCAGCCCUGCGCCAUCCCCUCAGGCCAGGGGGCGGGGGGCCGGCAGCAGCCCAGAAGAACUUUAACCAUACGUAUCUCAGGGAGUUGUGAGGCAGCUGGUUUCUGGGGAGCGGCCGGCGUGCGCAGAAUGGACCGGCCUGCUCCAUCCCACUUAGCCCAGCCGGGCACCUGCCGCUCUCCCAGCGCAGGCCCGGGGCCUCGCCUCGCCUCGCCUCUCCCGGAGCUUGGCCUUCGUAGCGUGCGUUUUGUACCCCAACCAUGUGUCGACACUACAGGGCCCAGCCCAGGACUCCUUUGUACACAGCACCAUGUGUCUCUUUUUCUGUCCUUUGACAAAUAAAAGGUUUGUACCACUGGCUCCUUA